GUAGAGAGAGGUUCAGGUUCGUAAUGUCAAAUCAAAUUAAUUGCUUACGAAUCCGAAAGGAGCAAUAUAAAUUUGAUGAUUAAAUUAUUUUCUGAAUUAUAUUUAAGUCCAUUAAUUAAUAUCGGUAUAAAUAAGUAAUUACGUGCCAUCGUCAUUGUUAAUUCCAUCAUGAUACCUAUAUCAUCAUGGUGAAGCGGGUAGACACCCGAUCGUCAGUCUGAGCAGGACAAAUUGAUCAAAUGAAUGUAAAUAAUAAAAACAAUAAGAGCUCGGUGUCAAGUGAUUUCUCCGCCCACUGCACCGAGUAUCAUGCGAUUGAUACAGCGGGCUUUGCGAUCCGCGUGAGGUAGUUUUGUGUAGUGCAUAGUGUAAUAGAAUGUCCAUUGUUUGGUGACGAUGUCUGGAGAAGGCGAACGGGCUUCGCGGCCCAAUUCUUUGUUGUUGGAGGUGCCUCCACCGGAGCGAGAGCCCCUUCGCUUCGAUGUGCAACUGGUCGGAGCGCCACCCGAAGUGGAACAACUAGUCAACAAUAUAAAACAAGUGGCUGAAGACUUCCUGUACCAUUGGAAAACGUUUCCCAUUGUACUUCCGCCAUCACGGUUCAUGGGCCCAGGCAACAGGCCUUCAGACAUCAUCAUAGCACCCCCAUGUGAUGAGCUUGAUGCUGCAGCACUCGACGCGGGAAUCGAACCCCAUGCCUUGUCGCCGAAGCAACUGCACUCCAUAAGGGAGAAAGGGGAGUUCGAAGUCCCCUCGCGUCACUUCCCUGGCCAGACGCACGUCUGGCGAGUGGCACCAUGGCUGCAGCGCGGCAGAGCCAGGGCGAGGGAGGAGUUGUACUGCCACGUGGCUCAGGCCGUCGCCCUGGUUGUGGUGGUGGCAAGGGACCGACUGCUGAGAGAUGAACCGUUUUCUGUUAUAUCCGGCGCCAAGUCACUGCUUUUGGGAUUGGAGAGGUUACUUGACCUGGUGAUCGGCAUGCCAUCUUUGGAGGCUCGUGAUCUCGAAAAGAAGAUCCGUGAUGAACGUUCGCGCUAUUUGGUCGCGGAGCUGAUAUGCAAGCCGGAACAGCAAGAAGACAUAUCAGCUCUUGCCGCGUGGGUGAUGCGUCAGAUGAGACGCGCCGCCACUGAGAAGACCGACCCUCGCGAGUCCACCAGGACCGUGCCCAGGGUGCCGUGUAUAUACACCACGCCGCAGAGAACGCAGGUGGAUCUCCGCCUGUACCGGCGCGACCUCCUCCGUAAAGCCGCGGCCACACUGCAAGCGAUACUGGAGCGGGAGUCGCGCGGCUGGUUCCUCCACUUCAGGGAGAGACGGGCCGCCAUGUUGGCGAGCCAGAAGAUGCCCAUGAAGGAGAUUGAAGAGGACGUACGGGCGGCGGCCUCUCGUGAAUACGUGAACAGAGUGUGCAAUGCCAUUUCUACAAACGAGACGCUCCGAGAGCUGUGCCCGGAUUUGCCGACAUUGUUGCAGGAACAGCUGAGGGCUUAUCACAUUAUAGACAGAGCGGAGGACAACGUCCGGCAGAAGUUGGAAGCGGGGCUGGCGCGCGCCGAGGCCAGGAUAGCGGCGGCGCACCCCGUGCUGUCCCGGGCGGCCGGCUGGCGCGCCGAGCGGGUCGCUAAGGCCGCGCAGAGAUUACACGCGGAACUCCGCUGGGCCUCUAGAGAGGACGCGGCGGCCGCCCUCCAGGCGCACAAGUUACACCAACACAGAUACUUCCUGCUCAGGGACCUCGCCUUUCUGAGGGACCGGGAGCCGCUUUUAUUGAAGGAGCUAAGGGCAGCGAAGACACCCACGCGUACUUUCACAUGGGCUACUCGCAUCUGGCUGCCCCAGAACUGGGUGGUGACGCGCCACUUUCGGGGCCGCUCCGAGCGCAUCCCCACCGUGCUGAGCACGAGGGCGACCUCCAUUGUGACGCCCAGGAGCGACCCGUCGCAGCCCGUGUUCCUGGUGGACAAGGAGGUGGUGAGGACCACCACCACCAGGUGGCCGGGUUGGAGGUUGCUCAAUUUGGCUCAUAGGACUUGGUGUUGGAGUUGGAACAUAAUGUUCCUGCUGGGAGUGCUCAUUCCGUGGUGCUCGCCGCUGUCACUGCGCACUCUAUUGUGUGUGAAACCCAUAGUGCCCGAACUUGAACUGUCACAGGUCAACGGUACCCUAUUUCCGAAGCGAAGCAGCGAGACACAAACGAUGUGGUCGCGAUUGCUCACUCUAUGGCGAUAUGUGUCAAAGCAACGGACUAAGUUUGAGACCGAGCCGGAUACGGGCCUCCUCGGAAAAGGCCUCAGCCGUCAAGCGAACCGCGUUUGGAACUACGGCGUCAUCGGGGGGCUCGGGUCCGCGGGGCUCCUGCUGGGGUUCCCCGCGGCCGCGCUGGCCGUCAGCGCGGCGUCGCUGGCGGCGGCGGCCAGCGUGCCGCUGUGGGUGCCCCCCCUCACGCUGGCUGCGCACGCGGCCUUCGCUGUAGUCUACUCGGCGGACUGUCCGCGUUCUACGGAUAACAAAUGGUUCGUCCUGUUCGAAGUGUUAAUAUGGCGGAUAGCGAUCCUGGGCGUGUUACAGCCGAUAGCAGCAUUCAUAGUGGCCGUGGUUUUGUGUCCGCUGUGUGCAUUGAUCAUGUUGAUCGGCAGCGUGACGUGGCACGCGUGCCGCGGCGCGUGGGAGGCGGCGGCGUGGCGCGGCGUGAUCGCGCGCGCCGGCCGCGUGCCCGCGCGCGACUGCGCCUUCUGCGCGCGCGUGCGCGGGCCCGGCCUGCGCGCGCGCACCUACUGCCAGCUCUCGUCAGCACAAGCGUUAGCAGCUGUUACAGCACGAGGCGAACUCGAAGCGCUCUCAAUGUGGGCGAGCGAGCUCGAACAAGCGAUAGAGCGGCCAUUGCGGGACUACCAGCAGUUCGUUCUGGCCUGCUUCGGGCCGUUCUCUGUGCAGAUCGCCAAGACCGGUGCAUACAGACAAUUGGAAAAAGAGUGCGCGGAACUAACAUCGUCUUUGCGUGAGAAAGUAUCGGCGCGUAGACAAGAAUUAGCGCUGAAUCUGAGCGACGCCGUGCGAACUAGAGUCCGUAUGACUGGUCACGAUCUGAGGCGUGCUGUCCAAGCAUCAGCUGUGGAACUGUCCCGUUUGUUCAGCAACAUGACUCGCAACGAGGAGUGGUGGGCGGCCAAAGGGUUGGAGGUGGGGGAUUGGCAAACAUUGGCGGCCAACACGUUGGUCGAGGUAUUCGACGCAGAAGUACUGGUAGCAUUAGAAGAGAACGAAGCCAGAUUACCUCUGGAAAGUGGGGAUGGUGCCUUAGCGUGGGCGGCGAGAUGCGGGAGAGAUGACGCGCCGCCCGAUGUGUUGGCUGAGAGAGACGAUUGGAGAAGAGAGAGUAUGGAGGCCCGCUGCGAGUGGGGCUGCGGCGCGGCGCCGCGCGUGCCCGCGCCCGCGCUGGAGCUGGGCGCCUUCAGCGCGCGCGCGCCGCCGCUGCCGCCCGUGCCCGCGCCCGCCGCCGCCGCGCUCGUGCUGCACAACCGAGACUCCGACAACCCGGUGCCGCUGGACUCUGACCUCUGCGCCGACAUACUGAAGAGUCUCGAAGACGCCCCCGACUGCGAAGACACGAGAGAGAGUGUAUCACGAUAUCGCGGCGGAGACAGUUCCGUGGCAAGCUCUUGUAGCGACGCGGAGCCCGAAGAUGAGCAGCCAGACCAACUGAGCAGGGUAUCGGACGGCGGCUCCGGGCACUGCAGCGUGUCGCGCGCGGCGUGUCGCUGGACGCUGACGGGGCGCGGCGUGCGGCUGCGGGCCGACCUCGCCAGCCCCGAGGACGUGACGCUGGACAGCGAGCGCCAGGGCACCUCCGUCUGACUCGCUGAUGCCGUUGACAGCAAAGCAAAGGGGGAGGUUACCAUGUUGAAGUUAUAAAAAGCACAUACAGAUUCAUGAGCCUACGUGCAUUGAGUAUCACAAAUGAUGGCUUUUCACAUGUUUUCUCAAGAGAAUCAUUGUGACAGGAACAAUAGCCUGCCGUGUAAUAGACAAAUUAAAAUCUGACUAAUGAUUUAGAAGAUUUGCAUUAAAAAAAAAUUUUUAGUUUAUGUAACAUCCGUUGAAAUUAAUCGCAAAUUUAUUGUUGGUACUGUCGAUCCAACCAUAUUGAACGUACGUUUCUUAACAAAUUUUAAGAAAAGUUAAGCAAAAAGUUACUUAAUUGUAAUGGACCCAAAAUGUAAAAAAAUAUAUGACAUAAGUUAGAAAACAAAUUGUUUAUGAAUUCAAUUGCAUUCUAAUUAAAAAAUGCGCACGGUAGUAGGUAUCGCGUAACCUCGAACCGAAGCUAAGAUUAUUUCGCUUUUUAUGGAGUCUGUAGGUAUAGAGAAAAAAAAAUGCUCUCUAAAAUGUAUUUAAAUUAAGGAAAAGAUUUUAAUGAUAUAUUAUUUUAGGUCCAAAUUUAUUUUAUUACCAUAUGGAAAUCAAAUUUACUAUACAUAUUUAUAACCCAAACUGAUAAAGUAGUGGUAGUCUUUAAAACUAACAGUGUAGAGUUUAAAAUCGCGUAGAUCGUACAAAGCUAAUUAUUGGAUAGGAUGGAAUUGAAAGACUCGGUGACAUACCUCGGAACAAGUGCACUUGUCUCAAACAACGAUAGUGCGUAUGUGUAGGGUGGUAAGGUUCAUUUUGUAGUUGAUUUUUUGCCGGAUGAAUCUGCAAAAAUGUUGAAAGAAGAGAUGUGCUUUUAAUUUGUUAGGCCUUAGGAAAUAUCACAUCUAUGUUUAUGGGGAAGGCUUGUGUGGCAUAUUAAAUGUUUUGAAUGAUAUCAUUUAUAAAAUACAGCUCAGAGUGAAUGAUAUUAAUUCAUUCAAAUUAAGUACAGUUCUGAAAAAGAAGGACCUCGUUAUGUUUUUAUUUCUUUUUUGCAGAUUCGACCGGCACAGAUAAAAUUUUAUAAAUAUAAUUUAGAGAAUCAUUGGUCGUCGCAUUUAUAAAGAUCUCUUCCGUUUUGUACAAAAUUUUAUGUAGCACAAAAGCUAUUUUAAUAUCACAAUGUAUAUUCGUAGUUGUAUUUAUUUAUAUGAAAUUUGCAGGAUUUAAUUUUGUACGCAGUCUACGAGUUUCUGUGCCAUUUAUAUUCUGUUGAUCUUAAUAGAUCAUCCAUCAUUUCGUACCUAUGAAUGACAAAAAAAUCUAAUAUGCAUAAACAACCUCAGAAAAAAUGACCCCUUGUUAUUUAAACAAACCAGAACCAUUAGAGGAUUAGGUUUCUCUGCAGUUUACUGUACAUACGUAAUGGCACAGACGAAUAGAAAUGUUAUUUUUUUUUACAUAAAAAAUACUUGUGACUGUUUAAGUGUGAAUCGUGAAUGUGUUAAUUCUACAAUUUUGACAAAAUAUUUAAUUUCAAUGAUCUUAAUCUUUAUAACGUAGUGCCUGAACAUGCGAUCAAAGCAUCGCUAUUUAACGAAGCAAAAAAAUGAAAACUGCCUAAUCCAUUAGUAAUUUUAAUGUUUUUUUACAUUAUUUAUUAUACACAUUGUCGCCCAAAGAUUAGCCUUAUACUCUUGAAGAUGACAAUUGUCAAUUUAGAUUAAAAAGAAAAAUAACAUGUAAAAACUAUGACUCACAAUAGGUAAUUGAAUUUAAACCCGCAUUUGACAGGAAAACUAAUUAUAUAUUUGUAAUUAGAAUUAUAGAUAUAGCUUAUAUAUGAACAUAUUCGACAGCUAUAAAUAAUACGUGUCGAAUUGUUUUAUAUGAAGACGUUAUAAUUAUCAAUUCAUCUAAUCUAGAGUCACUAGAAUAGCUUCUAUACCACCACAAAUAUACGAUUCUUUUCUCUGAUUGGAUGGGGAAUUGUCAAAAAGUUAAACGUCAAAAUUGACAGGCGUCAAUUCUAUGAAGUAAAUACUGAAUUGUUUCGCAAUAUGUAUUUAGAUAUUAGAAUUACGUUUAAGAAUUGAAAUUGGUAGAAGCACUUAGGUUAUAGUAGAGCACUGAAAAUGCCUUGUUUUAAUUAGGUGACGUGCACAAAAAUUGCAUGCCAGGAUGGUGAUCCCAUGAUAUUUAACGUCUAUAUAAUAAGGCUUGAAAAUCUGCCUCAAAAUUAAUGUUAACCUAUUUAUACUGUGACGAUAUCGUGCAAACUUUGAACUGGGCCCAGUACCUAAAUGUUGUUCACGCAGCUUUACCGGCCAUGCAUAGAUUGUAUCGCACACCUUCGUUAGUGCUAGGUUUAGUGACACCAUUUCCUUUGGUAAGCUUAAACGAAAGAAUUUUAAUAAAUAGAACCUAUUUCCGUCUCAAAAUAGUGGACGAAAAUUUAUUGACCAAUCAGGUGACGUUCUUUAAGAAUGAAGUGCUGUGAUUGGUCUACAGCUUCGUUAUGGCGGAAACAUGCCGCUCAUGCGGUAGUGUCGGUCAUCAAAACGAAUUAUAAUAAUAUACAUAUAUAACAACAGUGUAAUGAAAUUAUUUUUUAGUUUAAAAAUUGUCGUUAUGUCUACUAAAAAAUGUGUUAUUUCCUUUAAAUAAUAAGACUUAAUAAAAAAAACCAAAACGUGCUACGCCACUACAAAAAAGGUACCAAGCGUGGAACGGAAACCAAAUACUAUCACUAAAGCAAUAAUAAUUCUAAACAGUUACAUGUAACAAAACUUUAUACUGCCAUUUUAAUAAUGACCUCAAAUUAGUAGUUCUAGAAAUAUAUACCUUAUGUUAACAUAGGAAUAAGUGAAUAUGCUUAUUGGCGACGAUCACAGACAAACGCAAUUUACCGAAAUCAACAAAUAGGUUGUCAGACAACCUUCAUUGAUAUAGAACGCUUCUAACUGCUCAAGAUGUAAAACCUUGGUGUAGGGCCAUAUGUUGAUCUGCGGACUUCGUGGGGCUCAAAGAAAGUAAUUUGCUUAUUCGUAAUUUAGUUUAAUUCACCUACCCCAUAAGGAAUCAUGUAAUUGUAGGAAUAAUUUGAUUACACUGUGUCUAUUCUCAUGUUUACCUCGUUACAAUCGAAAUCACAAUCUUAUGUCGCUACAUUUUAUUACAGUAUGUGUACUUAUGUACCUACUGUAUGACAAUUUGACACAUCAAUCUGGGUUUAACAGUCAGUUGGUAUCACAUAACACAAAUCUCGAACAUGCUUGGGAUUAGCUCAAUUUGUGUUGAUUCAUACGUAUGUUUAUUUAUAUGUCGUGCGGUUCCCGGCACCAAUAGAAAAAAAAAUAGGACCACUCUAUCUCUUUCCCACGGAUGUCGACUAAGGGAUAAGCUUAUAAACUUGGGAUUCCUUCUUUAGUCGAUGGGCUAGCACAACCUGUCACUAUUUGAAUCUCAAUUCCAUCAUUAAGCCAAACAGCUGAACGUGACCGAUAGGUCACCAACAGAGCCAACAGUCAUCAAGACUGAUAAGUCUUGAUGACUGUUGGCUCUGUCUACCCCACAAGAGAUAUAGACGUGAUUACAUGUUAUGUUUAUUUAUAUAAAUAUACUGUGCUUACCUCACAAAAAGAAAGAUAUAGAGACGAAGAAAUUAUAAUUGAGAAAAGUGAUUUUGAUUGUACCGAAGUAUACUUCUAUUACGGUGCAACCGGAAAACGAAUCUUGUUAGAUAUAUAGCAUAAUAUAAUAUAUGAUUGCAUUUCUAAAUAACUGUCUAAUGUCACAAUAUGCAAGAGACCAUGACAUUAAGCUUUAGUUAGAAUUAAAUUACGUAGAUAUUUAUUAAGGUAUGGAAUAAAUGGCCGAAUUUUGUUUACAGCUAUUUAGUAAGAUCUUUUUAUACUUAUUCGAAUUAGGAUUUGUUUAUACAAAAAUUUUAUUUUAUAUGUUUACUUUUAAAAAAAAUUUAAAGUCGUCAAAGAGGCUAAAAUUAUUCAUAUAAAAACGCGCCGAGCGUGUUUUAAGAUUGUUUAUUUUUUUUUCGUCUCUGGUCAUAUAUUUUGUGACCUCCAAAUAAAUCGACUUUGUUACAUCAUCAACAACUUUUGUUAGGCUUUAAUUCUUCAUAAUAAAAUUGACUUAUUAAAAGCUGUGAAUUAAAUUGAAGCCAAUAAUAAGAGUGAUAAUUUUCAUCUGCGUGAGUUUGGGGUGAAAAGUAGGUGUAAGAAUGGUACAAAUUUGUCGCUCUCUUGUAGAAUAAAGCCAAAAGCAGAUGGAAGAGAAAAUAAAUUAUACAUUAUUAUAUUGUAAUAUAUACAAAGUAUUUGCUGAUUUAUAGCUUAGAAUAUAAAGGGCCUAUUGUGUGUAUUUCAAUUUUGUUUGCUCCCUAAACGGAAGGCAGAAAUUUUAGAUAUAUUUUCUUAUCGUAAGUAGAUAUAUAUACCAUGGGUUUUGCUUUAUUAUGUCGAUGACAACAAUUCUUUUUAUGUUCAUUUAGAAAAAAAACACUCCAGGCCAUGGGCGUUAUUUAAAAUUCAAUAUUAUAUUCAUUCAAUUCACCGAUUUAAUUUAAAAAGUAUCAUCAGCUUGAUGAUAACCAUUUGAAUUGACUCAGUAUUAGGUGCUGCUAUCGAUUAGAUACAGGUAAUUUUCAAUUUGAAAGUUUAAUAAACGAAAAAUAUCUGAAAAUUUCUACGUUCCUAGACGCUCUCGUUGUAAAUACAGACUAAGCCUUAUUGCAAUGAAUUGUACCUACUUCAGAAAGUCUGUUCGUGGCCAUUCACAAUUGCUCAUGUUAAUCUAGCUAGUCUUAAGAAUCACAAAUAUUAUUUUUACGUUUGUUUAUUUAAUAUUUAAUGCACUACUCGAAUAUUGUUUGACAAUGCAACAUUAAGUUAACUGCAAAGCGGGUGUAUCUGAUAACAGACGGGUUGUUUUAAUAAAAUAAACUUUUUCUAUACAAUUUAAAAACGGAAUGUUUGUUUUGUAAAACUAAGAUUUGCUCGCCUCGCCUCGCGAGGCCUGCCAUAGAUAUGUUCUUUAAAUAACUGUAUUUCGAAAUAUUAUUUUUUUUUUACCGCCAUGUCUUAGCGACUUAGAUUGAGCCUAACUUGCUUUCACAUCCGUCGUAAUAUUCAUAGUUUCCGUCCUUGAAAAUUUUGUGGUCGAUUAAAGAAAACUUAUUUUUCUGUAACAAAACAGUUACUUUCUUUACUUCGUCUACCGGAUCUGUCACUUUAUGAAUUAAAAUUGCGAAUGUAUUUUAAUAAAACGAUAGCGAUUAAGUUUUACUUAAGUUUGGACAAAUUUGGUAAAAAUGAAUAGACAGAUUAGCUAAGCGAAAUGCAAACUUAUUCGGGCAUUCUAAAAUGUAUUAAUUUGUAUAAGAAGCCGAGAUCUAAGGCUUUCAUUACAUAUUUGUCAUAAUUAACAAACGCUUUUGAUGUAUUUAUUAGAAAUGUAUUUUUUUAACACUGUGUUUAUGAAAUUGCUAAAUUGUGUUGUGAAACCAAAUGAGAUUGACUAUAUUUAUUUAUCACUAUCAUAUUCAUAAGUAACGCCACCACUGGGCCAGAACGAUGCAAUAUUGUGAAUCCUUUGAAUUAAUAAA